UUGGGAGGGUUCGUGCUUCGGUUCUGGGAGGAAACGGGGUGGGAUUAUAUUUUCUGUUGGUGUGGGGAGGGGUGAUUUUGGUGAUUUUUUUUUUGUUGAUGCGUGAGGGCGGCGGUUUUCAGCCCGAUCUGAUGCAUCCGCGGCGCCGGGGGUGAGGUGGUUCGCCGCGAUUUGGAGGAGGAGGAGGUGGUGGUGGUGGUGCUGAGCUGUUGGUGGUGGUGGCGGAGGGGAUCUCUCGUCUCUCGCGGUGAGGUUUUGGCGGUGGGUGAUGGGGGUGGCGCCGCCGGAGCUGGGGCAGUUCGACGGCUGGGAGAGCUCCGGCGAGGAGGAGCGGGAGAGGUGGGGGUGGUGCCGGCGCAGCCGCAGCCGGAGUGGGAGCGCCAGGCGCGGGGUGCGGGUGCGCAAGGGCGGCGGCGGUGGCGGGGACGACGCCACGGUGGCGACCGGGUGCUGCAUCCGCCUGUGGCCGAUGGGGAGCUGCCCGCCGCCUCCGCGCUCCAAGGUGGACACCUCCACCAGCAGCGCCAGCACGCACGGCGCAGAAAAAUCAACCGAAAAUGGUAGCAGGAACCAACCAGUCGUAUCAGUAGUCUCAGGCUCAACAACUACUAGUAAUGCUGAGAGCAGUUCAUCAGCAUCUAAAGCUGGGGAGGAAAUAAAAGUUGCCUCACAAUUGCGCAAGUUUGGAUUCAACGAUCUAAAAUGUGCCACCCGGAACUUCAGGCCCGAGAGUCUCCUAGGAGAAGGGGGUUUUGGAUGUGUUUUUAAAGGGUGGAUUGAAGAGAAUGGAACUGCACCUGUGAAACCCGGUACAGGCCUUACAGUUGCUGUCAAAACACUCAAUCAUGAUGGACUUCAAGGGCACAAAGAAUGGGUGGCAGAGGUUGAUUUCCUUGGUAACCUUCACCAUCCCAAUUUGGUGAGGUUGAUUGGAUAUUGUGUUGAAGAUGACCAAAGAUUGCUGGUGUAUGAAUUCAUGCCCCGUGGAAGUUUGGAUAACCAUCUAUUCAGAAGGUCUCUUCCUCUCCCAUGGGCCAUCAGAAUGAAAGUUGCUCUUGGGGCGGCAAAGGGUCUUGCCUUCCUUCAUGAAGAAGCAGAAAGACCAGUUAUUUACCGUGAUUUUAAAACAUCUAAUAUACUGUUAGAUGCAGAUUACAAUGCUAAAUUAUCAGAUUUUGGGCUUGCCAAAGAUGGUCCGGUAGGUGACAAAACCCAUGUGUCUACUCGAGUAAUGGGGACCUAUGGUUAUGCAGCUCCAGAAUAUGUUAUGACAGGACAUUUGACAUCAAAGAGUGAUGUCUAUAGUUUUGGUGUGGUGCUUCUUGAGAUGAUGUCGGGGCGCAGAUCUAUGGACAAAAACCGCCCCAAUGGUGAGCACAAUCUUGUUGAGUGGGCUCGUCCCCUCCUAGGAGAAAGGCAGCGCUUCUACAAGCUAAUUGACCCUCGUUUGGAGGGUAACUUCUCGGUCAAAGGUGCUCAGAAGGCAGCACAAUUAGCACGUGCCUGUCUCAGCCGGGACCCGAAAGCCCGGCCACUAAUGAGCCAAGUGGUAGAGGUUCUCAAGCCACUGCUCAACCUCAAGGACAUGGCUAGCUCCUCGUACUUCUACCAGACAAUGCAAGCUGAGAGAAUGGCACACUCAAGCAGCAUGAAUGGUAGGAACCAUGGCCUUAAGGUGCAGGGAUCAUUUGCUCGUAACAGCCAGCAACCGAUGAGGAGCCUGUCUGAUGGCCCCCGUGCUUCUCCGUUCCGCUACUCACCCAAGCCAAAUGUGAAAUAACUAGAAGCGCACAAUCCCUGUCUAGUUGGUGGAACUUGGUUGGGGGUGAGUAUCUUGGCUGAACAUUGUUGUGCAAUCUGAAUUGAUCUUUCUUGUAGAUUGACAUGUGAAUGGAUAUAGGUGAAAAGGAGCUGUAGGUACCAGAUUUCCCCAUGUGGAUGUUUGCACUGAGGUUUUAACUGGAUGCUGAUAGACCCUUUUCUAUAUAUUUUUUCCCUCCAAAGUAAGCUAGCUUUGGUUAAUUUAAUUA